AUGAACCUAGAAUUUCCAAUGAGCUUUGCCAAGGCCUACCUAUUGAUCUACCCCGAACGUGAGGAGAAUUGUCUCGCUAUCGAAGAUAAGUCUGGUGACAAGAAAAGUGCGAUCCAGAAGCGCGAAGCCCGUUUCAAGAAUGCAUCUCCAGCAGCCAGGACUCGGCGGAGAGCUCAAAAUCGAGUGUCCCAAAGGAUAUAUCGAGAACGCAAAGCGAAGCGCAUCCAAGAGCUAGAGCAGUCGCUCAUAGAUGCGCGUGUAUGGUGGCAAAGUAACUAUGUAGACAUGUACGCUUUUGUUGGCCAGCCACGUGGAGAAGCAAUGAUUUUCACGGCCCCUGAGGCUGCAGGCGGGGAACAAUCGACAGAUACAAGCGCAGUCGGUUGGACUUUUGACGGCGGUGCGUCUACCUAG